AUGCUCUACGAACCCACGACCCUCAUGGAGGACAGUGCCAGCAACACUUCCUCAUCGCUAGACUCAUUUACCACCAAUACUACAACCACCACUACUGAUUCCGAAACGUGUUCUUGCUCGCCGCAGCACAAACAUCAUCACCACCACCACCACGAUUUAAAGAACAACAUUGGUAGCCACCACAGCCAGAGCAGCAAUAACAGCAGCAGAAUUAGCAAUGGCAGCAAACGACGGGCCUACCACUUGCUUUUACGAGAAAUCCGCCGCUUACGAGCCGAGAACGACGGCUUAUGCCAAAUGGUGGACACCAUCAAGCAAGACUUACGCUUUGAACGAGAAUCCCGUCAAAUAUCCGAACGAUGCCACCAAAAAUACUAUACGGAGUCUUCCGAUAGACAAGUCGAACUAGAGCUCGAUGUCAUGGACAAGGACAGUGAGAUUGCAGACUUGAAAGAACGGAUUGCGGUAUUAGAAGCAGCAUCCUCUCCCACUGUCGAUGCCUGCAACAACAACAACGUGACCACCCCCGCCUUGUCCAGAUCAAGUUCAUUUUCACGUUGGGGAUGUUUUGAUUUUGAUGACGACGACGACGACGCGUUGUUUUGCCAACCUGUCAUGGGCGAGUCAGCCACGCCGGAUCCACUUGCAACAUUGGAUAGACAGCGAGGCGAUUCGAGUGAAGACGACGAGGACGAUGACGAAGCGUUUGAGCACUUUGACGACGACGACGACGACAACAACACUGUAGAACAUGACCACAAUGGAUAUAGAUCCUCUGGGCCAUAUCCGAAAACAACAACGACCGACGACGAGAAAUUCGAACAAUUAGCCACAUCCUAUUUACACCAAGCCAUCCUAUCCAAACUCACCUCCGCACGAGCCAAUCUGGAACUCGAUGAUCUCAUGCUGAAAUACGAUCCUUCGCCUGCCGUCGUCUUGCGGAUGCUUGCCACCUCCUUUGUUGUCUGGGUCAACAAUGUCGUGUCAUCCAGUAACGAUAGCGCAGUCAAGUCGCUGACCCAUGCUGUCACUGAAGGAUUUUUGAACUUUUGGAAAGCCAUUCUGGAAAAACAUGUCCAUGACGAGGAUGACCAGUGCCAGUUUUUGAAUGAAGCCGAACGGAUUUUGGACACCAAGCAAGAACAACCCAGUGGCGCUGCUGCCAUCGUUGAUAACUUUCACAGACUGUUGAUCAUGCUAUACAAGUAUGACAUUGUGGAUGGCGAAGCAAUCACCCGUUGGUGGCACUCGGUCGUAGUCGUUGAAGAUGAGGAGGGUCAUGUUGCAUGUCGACUGCGCGGUGUCACGAAAUCCUUUGCUCAAUGGCUUGACGAAGAUGAAGAAGACGAAGAGGAUGAUGACAGUGACGACGACGAUGACGAUGACAGUGUCUUUGACGAUCACAAGGUGCUGGACAGCAUGCUGGAGCAAGAUCGUGAAUACUGCGCAUGUCAAUUUGAAGAAAAUAUCAAGGACAAUGACAACGGCGACAUGAAGGAUAACAAUACCAUCAACAACCACAACAAUAACACUGCACAUAGUAAUCAAUCUCCUGAACAACCGGGAACAACCUGUAAAUGCCAAGAUAUAUAUACAACCACAACAACAUCAUCAUCCUCCUCCCCAACCUCCCAUACAGCGGAUGAAAAGAAACCAAAGAAAUCCGUACGCAUCGUAUUGUAA